GGCGCGCGCCUGCGGGGUGUUUCCGGUUUGGUGUCCCGGGAUCUGAUAGGUGCCGGGGGCUUUCCGGCAGGCAAUCCUGAUCGUAGUGUCCCAGCCAGACCCGGGACUUGACCCGCUGACCUCCCACUGUCUGCCCGGGACGUGGCGGAGCCAGUGCGGCCUCGGUCCCUCCAGACUCCUCCUGUCCGGGUUCGCUCGCUGGUCCUGUGUUGGGGAAGACCUGAGGAAGCCGCGUUCCUUCCUCCAGGCAGGCUGCCUUGGUGCCCUCUUACACUCCCUCGGUGGGACGGGGCGGAGGAGGUAGCUGCUGGAAGACCGCCUCCCUCACGGUUCUCUCCUCCCGCAGUCUUCGUCCCUGCCCCCCUUCUCCCCGAGGCCGAGCGCACGGAACUCAGCGCGGGGAUGGACAUCAGGCUCCGCACAGCUUCGUGUUGGGGAUUAUUGUCAUUCAGGGAUGUAUCUGUGGAAUUCACCUGGGAAGAAUGGCAGCUACUGGAUUCUGCACAGAAGUACUUGUAUAGGGAUGUGAUAUUGGAAAACUAUAACAACUUAGUAUCAGUGGGAUAUCAUGGUACCAAACCUGAUUUAAUCUUCAAGUUGGAGCAAGAAGAAGAGCCAUGGAUAAUAAAUGCCAACAUUUCCAGUCAAAGCUGUUCAGAAGGCUGGGAAGAAUGGUACCAGAAAAAUCAAGAUGAGCUUGAAAGUAUUGAGAGAGGCUAUGCUUAUAAUGUUUUUGGGAAACUCCAUCUGAGCACAAGCCGUGUUUCCUCAAGACAAAGACUCCACAAAUAUAACAAACAUGGAAAAGGUUUGACACAAAAUUCAGGCCAUACCAGAACGUAUAUAAGACAGAAUCUUGAUAAAUUUCAUGGAUCUGAGGAAUCAUAUUUUCUUAAACAUCAAAGAGUUCAUAUAGUAGAAAAAAACUGCGUAUGUAGUGAAUGUGGGAAAGCUUUUCGUUGUAAAUCACAGCUCAUUGUACAUCUCAGAAUUCAUACAGGAGAGAGACCUUAUGAGUGCACCAAGUGUGAAAGAGCCUUUAGUGCCAAGUCAAACCUUAAUGCUCAUCAGAGAGUUCAUACAGGAGAAAAACCCUAUGCAUGUAAUGAAUGUGGAAAAGUCUUCUCUUUCAGGUCACAGCUCAUUGUCCAUCAGGAAGUUCACACAGGAGGGAAACCCUAUGGUUGCAGUGAAUGUGGGAAAGCCUACAGUUGGAAGUCACAGCUUAUUUUACACCAGAGAAGUCAUACUGGUGUGAAACCCUAUGAAUGUAGUGAAUGUGGGAAAGCCUUUAGUUUGAAGUCACCAUUGGUUGUACACCAGAGAACUCACACAGGAGUGAAACCCCAUAAAUGUAGUGAAUGUGGGAAAGCCUUUAGGAGUAAGUCAUACCUCCUUGUACACAUCAGAAUGCAUACAGGAGAGAAACCUUAUCAAUGCAGUGACUGUGGGAAAGCCUUCAAUAUGAAGACACAACUUGUUGUACAUCAGGGAAUUCACACAGGAAAUAAUCCUUAUGAAUGCAGUGAAUGCGGGAAAGCCUUUGGUAGAAAGGAACAGCUUACUGCCCAUCUGAGAGCUCAUGCAGGAGAGAAACCCUAUGGAUGCAAUGAAUGUGGGAAAGCUUUCAGCAGCAAGUCAUACCUCGUUAUACAUAGGAGAACACACACUGGAGAGAGACCCUAUGAAUGUAGUUUCUGUGAGAGAGCCUUUUGUGGGAAAUCUCAGCUCAUUAUACAUCAGAGAACUCAUUCAACAGAAAAGCCUUAUGAGUGCAAUGAAUGUGAAAAAGCCUAUCCAAGGAAGGCCUCACUCCAGAUACACCAGAAAACUCAUUCAGGAGAGAAACCUUUUAAAUGUAGUGAAUGUGGGAAAGCUUUCACUCAGAAGUCAUCCCUUAGUGAACAUCAGAGAGUUCAUACAGGAGAGAAACCAUGGAAAUGCUCUGAAUGUGGGAAAUCCUUCUGUUGGAAUUCAGGGCUUCGUAUACAUCGGAAAACUCACAAGUGAGGAAUCAGAAUGAUGAAGUGAAUGUUGGAAGCACUCUCACAAAAACUGAUCCUCAGACUUCAGAUGAUCAUAUAGACAGGAUAUACAAGCAGGAGGCAGGAGGUUCUAAAAAGACACUUAUGUUAGAUAAGUCAUACAGGAGACAGUCAUGUUUAGAAUGAGUGUGCAAAAGCUUUCAGAAGUAAUGUCAUACAAAUCUUUGUAAACAAGAAUAAUUGAAGGAAUAAGGAGUAGUAUGUUCCAAAUGUAGCAUCAUUUUGAAGAUUUAAUUCAGAGAAUUUAUAAUUGAAAACACCUUAUAAAUUGAAUGAACCAGAAAAGCAUUUCCCCAUAAAAUGGAAAAAGUCACAUUCCAGAUUUGAAGGUAUGUUUUUAUAAAGGGUGCAGAAAAUCUCCAUUAUAAAUGGUAGACUUUCAUGAUAGAGUAUGAAAUUUUUUGUUUUAGGUUUAAAUAUAGCAGUGAUGGGAUAUUUAGUGACUUUCCUGAGUAACAUGAAAUAGCUUUUUUAAAAAUUUUUGAUAUUUUUGAAUGUAGCUUUUUAUACGUAUAUUUAAUAGUUUGUGGACUAACAUCCCCCAGUAUUCUUCAUAUUAUGUGUGAAAUAGCAGCAUCAUCUCUUUAUUUCUUAGUGUUAUAAUUUAUAACUAAAAUCUUAUAAUGAAAGGAUACAGUUUCACUCCAAAUAACUUCUUACUAAGUAGUCCAUAAAAGGAGAUUUUGCAGUUGUUUCAGGGCUGCCUCUUAAAAGAACACAUCAUAAUGAACAGUUAUAUUUUUGCACUUUAGUGUCUGCUCCCUAUUCAUUGAUAAGAGUACCCUAGUUUUCUUUGGAGAAAUAUAUCUCUGUUGUGUGCAUCCUUGUGAUAAUGUCCUUUACAAUAGUCAAAGAUGGGCACUGGGCCCGUUGUUGGGUAAUAGGAUCUUCUCCAGUACUGAGUCUGCAGUUCAAUCUCACAUGAAUUAGAUGGGAAAUGUGGGAAUUUAUUCUUGACCCAGAAAUGAGUUCCUACUAAGUUGAUUCCUAGAGCAACUCUGGAUACUGUCGCUUUUUGAACCUGGCUGUCUGGCCUCUGUUGGCUCCCUGAGAUCUUUCCAAUAAAAAGUUUUUCUGCAUAAAUUAAGAAGAAUGAGCUUGUUUCUUGUAAUCUAAGGGUUCUAAUUGAUAAAUUGUUGCCCUUGAGUAGUGCAUAGGUAAAAUACUGUUAGAAAAAAAUGGAAUAUGUACCUUGGAGAUAUCACAAGUUUGAUUUCAGACCACUGCAAUAAGUGAGUUGCACAAAUUUUUUGGUUUCCCAGUGCAUAUAAAAGUUAUGCUUUCACUAUACUGUAGUCUGUUAAGUGUGUGGUAGCAUUGUCUUAAAAAUAUAUAUACAUAUGUUAAAAUGUGACACAGAAACACAAAAUGAGUAGCUGCUGUUUGAAAAAUGGUGCUGACAGACUUGCUUGAUACAAGGUUGCCACAAACCUUCCAUUUAUAAAAAAUGCCGUUAUCUGCGAAGUACAGUAAAGUGAAGCACAAUAAAAAGUAUGCCUGUAAUUAGUUUUUUUCCUGAGACAAGAAGAAAAGCUUUCAGGUGUCUAUUUAUAUUCCAAGAUAGAAAUGUUUUAGCUCAUGGUAUGAAAUCAUGUUGUUACUUGUGCUUGCACCUAGUCUCUUGUGGCCUUUGAUGGUAAGAUUCUGGGAGCGUUCAGGAACUACUGCCAUGGAGUAAGUUAAGAUUUAUGAGGCUAUUGGCUGCAGUCGGCUAAUGCAAUACCAGAUCCAGCACUGGCCAUGACAUAAGAAGUACAAUGCCAGAAACUGCCAUAAUAUAGAGGGAAGAAUUGUGAUACUUUGUGACAUCGUGCUGGAUUGUUCCCCAGAAGACCAAGAGAAAUGUAUUACUGAAAACAGCAGCUGUUGGUGGAAGAAUCUGUAAUUCAAAUCCAACAUUUCUGUGGUUGGGAAGAUACUGUUCUGUCAAAAGACUGGUAGUGACCCUUGACAACUAGGUUAGAUUGGUUGGUUGCUAUAAUGGGAAGGCAGGGUUGGUAUGUUAGUGAGAACUCCAAUUAAUUGUGAGCACUUUAGGAAUAGAAUUCAACCCGUGAAGGUUUUAUUUGUAUUGUAAAACCGGAAAGCCUGGAAUGACAAACAUAGGGACCAUGAGAAAGUAAUGCAUCUUAAUCUGAUUUGUAUAUUUGGUUAAAACUCAGAGAACAAGUGUUCUUUUAAUUAAGCAUAGGACAUUUGCAAUUGAAGAAAGGCUAUGGUAAUGUGAACCUUCUU